AUGGGCAAUCACAGAACGUGGGACAUUCGCACAAACAUCUUCAGCCCCGUUGAUAGCGGCGAGCUGACGACUGCGACUUUCGACUGUCCUGGUGAAGCUGCCAUUAUGCGCUGGCGCAGCUGUUCCGUCCAGAGCCUGGACAAUGUCCUACACAGCGGUGGCCAAAAAAUACCGCCCCAAGAUGAGGAAUACGACGACCAUGAUGGCGAAUCGAGCACGUCGCUUGCUUUCGUCCGCAAAUCAGACCCUCAAGCCGGUGGCACAUAUAUCAUCCUCGACGUCUCACAGACGCGGGCUUUGACAUGCCACAAGGGUCAACUACGCCUCGAACCCGUCCACUUGAGCGACGACCACAUUUCAGAACAGGCUCAGUGGUUUUGCACAUCAAAAAACGGCUUCAAAGGUUUCAAGAAUGUCGCCGACGGCAGAUUUCUCGGCCACGAUGUGUGGUGGGACUUUUGCGCCAACGCUUCAUCUCACAGUCUGUGGGAGUACUUCACUAUCGCCAGACGUCCAGGAGGUCUGUAUUGGAUGCAGAUUCUUCACUGGUGGACGCAGUGGCAGGUCACUGUGAGGGAAGAUGGGAGUGGUGUGUAUGCAGAAAAGGAUAUCGGAACUGAUUGGGAAUUUGUCAAGGUUUUGGGCAUGAGCGAUUGA